AUGAGAUUUUCAACUUUAACUAUCAUUUGUUCCGUCGUUAUUUCAACUAACGCAAAGAACAUAUUUGAUAAAUCCAAAUUAAAUUUAUUUAAAAGAGCUGACUCAUCAUCAUUUGAUUCUUCAUUUAUUACAGAAACAGGUAGUAUUGAUGAUUCAAAUAUUACAGACGAAACCGAAACAAAUAAUGAGUCAUUAGCUGAAAGCACUGAAUUUCUUGGUUUUGGUAGUGAAACAACUGAUGAUAAUGAACAAACUGAAGAUCCAACUGCAAGUGAUGAAUCCGAACCUACUGAUUCUUUAAUUGGUGGUAAUUCAGCCGGUAAUUCAACAGUUGGUCAUAUAAAUGGCACUUCUCCAGCUUCAGGUGGUGUUAAUCAUCGUAACUCAACUAAUGGUGGUGGUGCUGAUACAAGUAAUGUAUCUACUUCAGAAGAAUCAACUGAAACAAGUGGUACAGAAUCAAGUAAAGCAAGUGGUUCAAGCUCAAGUGGAACUGGUGAUUCAAAAUCUACUAAAAGUUCAAGUUCAGGUUCAACUGCUGCUAAUUUGGGAAAUAAUUUAGUAGAUUCAAAUUAUGCAAAUUAUGGUAUGGUUGCUUUUGGUGCAAUUAUGGGUGUUUUAUUAAUUUAG